CGGAGUCGCUUCUCCUGCCGGGUGAGGGAGCUGCGGCGGCGGCGGCGGGAGCCCGGCCGGAGGAGCGGCGGAGGCGGCGGCCCGCGCUGCAGGCGCAACAUGGUGCUGAGCGCGGAUCAGGUGAACCUCAUCGGGCAGGUGUUCGAGUCCUACGUGCUGGAGCACCACAGGGACGACAUCCUGGGCAUCCUGAGGGAGGCCGACAGUGAGGCGCACUAUCCCGUCGUCGUCGACGCCUUGACCCUCUUUGAGACCAACAUGGAGAUCGGGGAGUAUUUCAACGCUUUCCCCAGCGAGGUCCUCCCGAUUUUCGACAGCGCGCUGCGCCGGGCCGCCCUGGCAGCGCUGCAGGCCGCCGCCGCCGCCCCACCGCAGCUCAGCGUGAAGCAGAACCUCCACGUCAGGGUCUCAGGUUUGCCUGUUUGCCCAGAGCUGACUCGGGAGCACAUUCCUAAAACCAGGGAUGUGGGUCACUUUUUGUCUGUUACUGGAACUGUCAUACGUACCAGUUUGGUGAAAGUUUUGGAGUUUGAACGGAGUUACAUCUGCAAUAAGUGCAAGCAUGUGUUUGUUGUCAAGGCUGACUUUGAACAGUACUAUGCAUUCUGUCGUCCAUCAGCCUGUCUUAAUGAAGAAGGCUGCAAUUCAACCAAGUUCACAUGUCUCUCUGGAACAACCUCUUCUCCUACCUGCUGCAGAGACUACCAAGAAAUAAAAAUUCAGGAACAGGUUCAAAGACUGUCUGUUGGAAGCAUCCCUCGUUGCAUGGUGGUUGUUCUGGAAGAUGACUUAGUGGACAGUUGCAAGUCUGGAGAUGACAUCACAGUGUAUGGAGUGGUAAUGCAGAGGUGGAAACCUUUCCAUGAGGGUGCACGCUGUGACUUGGAGCUUGUUCUGAAAGCCAACUAUGUUAAAGUAAACAAUGAGCAGCUAGCAGGGGUUGUAAUUGAUGAAGAAGUCCGCAAGGAAUUUGAAGACUUCUGGGAAAAGCAUAGGAAUGAUCCAUUAGCAGGGAGGAAUGAAAUUUUGGCUAGCUUAUGUCCUCAAGUUUUUGGAUUGUACCUGGUGAAGUUGGCUGUAGCCAUGGUGCUUGCUGGCGGUGUACAGAGGACUGAUGCUACUGGAACUCGAAUCAGAGGUGAAUCGCAUCUUUUGUUGGUUGGAGACCCAGGUACAGGGAAAUCUCAGUUUCUCAAGUAUGCAGUAAAGAUCAUACCACGCUCUGUGCUUACUGCAGGAAUUGGAUCUACAAGUGCAGGUUUGACAGUGACUGCUGUGAAGGACUUUGGGGUGUGGAACUUGGAAGCUGGAGCUCUGGUGCUUGCAGAUGGAGGCCUUUGUUGCAUUGAUGAGUUCAAUAGUAUUAAAGAACAUGACAGAACCAGUAUUCAUGAAGCAAUGGAGCAACAAACCAUCAGUGUUGCAAAGGCAGGCUUGGUGUGCAAGCUUAAUACAAGGACAACUAUCCUGGCAGCAACAAACCCAAAAGGCCAUUAUGACCCUAAUGAGUCUGUCUCUGUCAACAUAGCCCUUGGCAGUCCGCUGUUGAGCAGAUUUGACCUGGUCUUAGUAUUGUUAGAUACAAAGAAUGAGGAAUGGGACCGCAUCAUUUCAUCCUUCAUCUUGCAAAAUAAAGGUUGCCCAAGCAAAUCAGAAAAGCUCUGGAGCAUGGAAAAGAUGAAAACCUACUUCUGCGUUAUAAAAAGUAUACAGCCAAAAUUGUCUGAUGAGAGCAACCUGAUCCUUGUACGCUACUAUCAAAUGCAGCGUCAGAGUGACUGCAGAAAUGCUGCCCGAACUACCAUUCGCUUAUUAGAGAGUUUGAUACGCCUUGCGGAAGCUCAUGCCCGGUUGAUGUUUAGGGAUACUGUGACUUUGGAAGAUGCUGUAACUGUGGUAUCGGUGAUGGAAUCUUCUAUGCAGAUCCUCUGCCCUCACUUCCACAGCGGGGGUGCACUUCUCGGAGGCAUCAAUGCCUUACACACCUCAUUUCCAGAAAAUCCAAUGGCGCAGUACCGAACGCAGUGUGAACUCAUAUUGGAGCGACUGGGGCUGCAAGAUCUUCUACAGAAAGAGCUACAAAGACUUGACAGAUUGCGAAAGGAAAAUUCAUGCCAGCUGCAUCCUGAAGAGACAAGUUUCAGUACUACUACAAGAUGCUUGAACAAGGAUACAUUUGGGCAGUCAAAGCAAAUGUCUCAGUCAGAACCUUCAAAUCCACAAGAGAAUAACUCCAGUCCACAGCCUUCUUUGCCUGAAAGCAUCUGUGAAGAGGAUAUACAUCUAGAACCCCUGUGCAACCCAGCACAUGGUAAUAACAAAAAUACAAAACACUUGAUGAAACAUUGUAGCAGAGGUGAUGAUGGCAGCCUGGCAUGGUUUGACAGCCUGGAAGAGAGCAACACUGAUGCUGAAGAAACUUUUCAGAAGAAGUCUCCGGGGCCCAAGAUAUCUCCAAAUAACUUGGCUUCAAAAACCCUGUGUAAAACAUCCUGUUCUGAAGAAAGAAGUGCUUCAAGACCAAGGAAGGGAAAUGGAAUGAGAGAGUCACUAACAACUGUGAAUCUACGUGCUUCUUUGGAACAGGACAAAGUUUCCAAGAUAAGCAGGAAAAGGCCUGAAGAAGGCAACUGUUUUUCUUCAGAAGCAAAUAUUCAAGAUCCAGCAUCACCAAGUGCUAGUGUGCAGGAUUCAGUUAUUACGCAACGGGUGUCUAAAAGCUGGCAGAGACUGCACACAAAGAAAUCACAUGGAUUCUUUACAAGUACACAGGACCCCGAGGCAGAGGCCCUUCCUUCAGUAUUGCCUGCGUCUGGCCUGGCAGAUCUUUCAAGUGAUGCAGAUUCUGUGCUAGGGGAGGAAAAGAACAGCGUAUCUGUAGCAGCAAAAACUGCAACAAUUUCCAUGAGAAAACAAAGUAAAGGUCAAGUCGUGAAGGAAACAAAGGUAGUAAGUUCCCAUGAGCCAGAAAUCCUUGACAGUGAAAGUCCUCCAGCAGCUAAACUAGCUAAAUUUUCUUUCAGACCAAGGACAAAACUUGAUCAUUCUUCAGAGAAGAAAAAUGAAGAAUUUUCUCUUUUUCAGAGUGAAACUAUUUUUAAGCCUGGAGAGCAGCUCCAGGGAGAGCAGCUGCCAGAAGAAUGCUGCCCCCCUGAGAAAUGCAAGAUGACAUUGACUCGCUUAGGAAAAAACAGUUUGGAAAAACGAUCAGUUGAUAAUAAAGGGAGAGAAGAGCAACAGAGUCAGGCCUUAGGGAAAGAGAUUAGAGGAAGUGCAACAAUACGCUCUGAUGUCAGUUUUGAUGCUGUGUCAUCUCCACCCACUGAAAAGAAAAGGGAGGGAGAGGAGAAGCUUGGUGGCCCGAGCACAGGGAAGGUACGCUCCACCACAUUAGCCAAACUGUCGACAUUCUCCUUUGCAUCACGUCCUGAGUCAAAAUUGGAAACCAUUAAGAUUGACACUAACAAGGAAAGCCAUAGCCCAUUGCUGAAGGUGCAUGUGAGCAAUCCUAGCAGAAGGAAGAGUUUUGCAUUGGGAAGUGCUAGUAAAGCCAGUGCCGUCACACAGAAAUCUCUCUUCUCGAUACCAGAGCUAGAUGAUGCUACAUUAGAUUUUGAUUGGGAUGAAGAGGUUAGGAAAAAUCCCAGCACAUAACACGUAUAUCCUCCAAAUUACUUAACAUGCAGUUCUGAAUCUCCAUCCUUCCGUCAAUUGUAUCCGUAGUUUACAAAGCAUUUAAAACCAAUCAUCCUGGACCUCUGUUGAUACCAAUGAACAUACUUUCUUUAAGGGCAGUAUACUUUACAUAAGCUAAGGACUGCAUAUACUGCAGGCCUGAUGUGGUAUUUAGUUUUCUAAACUCUUCCCAAGAAUGCUUAUAUCAGUGGAUUGUUCUGAUUGACCUGAUGUAACCUGAAGACUUGUAUGGUUAUGUUCAUGUAUCCAGAGUAUAGUGAAUCUUGCAGAAGAGCAGAUUUAAUUGACUGUUACCCUUUAUUUCAUGUAACGGUUAGAACUAUACGUGAUUCAGAUUGUCCUUCCAAAUGACUGUGCCACUUUCGAAAAAUGAUGAUGCUAAAACUAUGUCAUUAUAUUUUGUUCAUCCUUAUAUGCUGUUUGCCUCAGCGUAGUUAGCAAUAUUGUGAUUUAUCAUCAUGCUAUAGUAAGUAUUUCUGUAUUAUCAGUAUCAUGGCAAUUUUGCUGCAUCUCUGGUUACUGUGCUCCUUGUCACACUGCUGAUGUUGAAGACAUGGAUCGAGACCUUUUUGUUUCUCUUUUUUUAAUUUCCAUUUUAAAUACACUGGUUCAGGUA